UUUCCGUCAACCAUGUCCAUCAUCCGCAGCCACGAACUGCGGGAAGAUAUACUAGUGGAAUUGUUCCUCAAGUUGCCGAUGAAAUCCCUGUUGAGUGGUAAAUGCGUUUCCAAAUCCUGGAGAUCGAAAGCAAAUGUUUCAUCAACCUGCAUUUGAAACUAUCCAAAACAGACGCAGAUCAGAAAUCCAAGAUCCUUGUUUUGAAGAAGUCGUCUAGGAGAGCAAAAGUAAAACAACCUUCAGGAAGUUACGAUCGUUUUCGUUUCCGUUUCUUUUUUGAGGUAGAACUUGAAUCAGGAUCAUUAUUGCCGCGCUUGAUGAAGAGAACUACCAAGUCGGAAUUUGCUAACUACCCUUUUGAAAUUCGUAAAGCAAGGAUCCAUGGUUGUUGCAAUGGCUUGUUUUGUUUGAGUGAUUCACAAACUCACAUUUUGCUGUGGAAUCCGACUAUUUCCAAGCAUUGGGAGUUGCCUAUUCCGCCUAAUGCAUAUACUUCUGUGUACGGUUUUUGGUACGAUGAUAUUGAGGAUGACUACAGAGUGUUGAGAGUGAAUGAGUAUGCGUCCGGGAUUCAGAUUUAUAGUCUGAAAUCCAAUUCAUGGAGGCAUCUCCCACAUUUUCCUUGUUUCAAUGAAAACCGAUGCGAAAUCAUCACCAGCGACGCUCAACAAGUUAAUCAUGCUCUACAUUGGAUGAUCAAGGACGACGAUAUUAUCAUAGCUUUUGAUGUUAGAACCAAGACUUACAAAAGUUUUCCAAUGAUUGAGUCAGGACCCGGAGUUGAUUCUGUCUUGGGAGUUUUGGAUGGUUGUUUAUGCGUGAUGAUGUAUUUAUCGGGUUUUUCAUGGGUCUUAAAGAGAUAUGGGUAAUGAAGGAUUAUGGAGUACAGGAUUCUUGGACCAAAAUCAACAUCCAUAUACCAUGGAGGAGGGAUCGUGACCGUAUUAUUCCUGUACCAUUUUCACGCAGAAGUAAUGGCAAAAUCUACUUCUAUAACCGGAAUUAUGUUUAUGUAUAUGAGAUCAAUCAAAAGCAAUGGCUGCAGGAAUAUACUUUACGACAAUCGUUCAUAUGGUAUUCUGGAAGUUUUAUUAAGGGUUGUGUAUACCCCUUCGUUAGCAGCCUUGUUGAGCCUAGGCCUAGCCAGAUAUAGAAAC